AUGACUGCAUUUGUGCCUUUGCUCGCUCCACCACCAUUACGCUCUGUGCAGAGAGCUGGCCAUAUCUCCCUUCGCCCCAUGGCUCACACCACCAGGAGGCAGCAGGCCCCUCGUAUGGUGGCAAAGCCGGAGAACGAGCCCGACGUAGCUGUAUCGUCAACGGUCGAACGCUUGUACGACACAUACCCUUUCCCGCCGGAAACGCUGCUUGACGAAGCUCCGAUCGGAUAUAAUUGGCGAUGGCACCAUCCGUCCGCAUACUCUUUCUGCACAGGCCGUAUUCCGCCACCACAAACGAAGCCUCUACGCAUCUUAGACGCGGGGUGCGGCACGGGGGAGUCGACAUCCUAUUUAGUGCACCUCAACCCAGGGGCUCAAGUCACUGGCAUCGACUUGUCGGCAGGUGCGCUGAAGAUCGCUGAGGAGAGGCUCCGAAGGUCUGUGCCAGAGCAGAUGGAACGCGUUGAGCUCUUGCAUAAAAGCAUUUUCGAUGCAGCUGAGCUCGAGGGUCAGUUUGACCAUAUCAACUGCGUCGGUGUCGUGCACCAUACACCAGAUCCGUUGAGAGCUGUUCGUGCUUUGGCGGAGAAGCUCGCUCCCGGAGGUAUCCUGCACAUUUUUGUGUAUGCAGCGCAUGGGCGCUGGGAAAUUUCUCUUAUGCAGCGAGCAUUGAAGCUGCUGCAGAAUGGUAAGCAUGAGUUUGAGGACGGUGUGAAGCUCGGAAGGAAGGUUUUCGCUGCUUUGCCAGACGGUAACAGACUCAAGAAAAGGGAGAAUGACCGUUGGGCACAAGAAAAUACGAAGGAUGCCACGUUUGCCGAUAUGUAUUUGCAUCCUCAAGAGGUUGACUACGACAUUCCGAGUCUCUUCGAGCUGAUUGAUCAGUCCGGACUUGAGUUUGUAGGGUUCUCAAAUCCACGGACUUGGGACAUAAAGCGAGUGCUUGGGAAUGAUGAGGAAAUAUGCAAGCGCGCCGAGGGUUUGUCUGAGAGGGAUUUGUACGGGCUGAUUGAAUGCCUCGACCCGGAAGCCGUGACUCAUUUCGAGUUCUUUUUGACAAAACCUCCUCUUCAAAAGUAUGACUGGAAGGAUGAUGCUACCCUUGAACGCGCAAGAGCUACGAUGUCAGAAUGCAUCACCGGUUGGCCAAGCAAUGUCGUGAUGGAUAGAGACUAUGUCCCUAUCAUGCUUUCUGAUGGGGAGCGCGAGUUUCUAGAGGCAAUCACCAAGGAAGGUGGUGGGCAAAUAGCUAAAGCCGUGGCGGAGACCACGUUAAAUUUAGAUGGCGUGCGGUUGCUUGUACAGAAGGGCGUGAUGCUGUUAGCACCGGAGGAAUAG